AUAGCAAUGCUCUCUGGAAACACCAAUUUUGAUAUCUACAAUGUCACAUGCGGUCCAGGACAUGGGAUAAGUGUUGGAAGUUUGGGAAAAGAUAGAAAUGAGAAGAACGUCAACGGCUUAACGGUUAGGGAUACAAUAUUUGCUGGUACGUCCGACGGUAUUCGGAUCAAGACAUGGGAAUCUUCGGCUUCCACGAUUGUAAUUUCCAAUUUAGUUUAUGAGAAUUUACAGAUGAUUGAUGUUGGAACUCCUAUCAACAUUGACCAGAAGUAUUGUCCUUAUACAUCCUGCCAGAAAUUGGGAGAUUCUCACAUUCAGAUUCAAAACGUGACACUAAAAAAUAUUUGGGGAACAUCAAGGAACAAAGUGGCUGUGAAAUUUCAAUGUAGCAAAAGUUUUCCUUGCAAAAAUGUUCACUCAAGUGACAUUAAUUUAAAGCACAACGGAGUCGACGGUCCUGCAAUCACGUUGUGUGAAAACAUUAAAGGUUCUGCUACCGGCAAGAUGAUUCCUCCGCAUUGCUUGAAUUGA